AUGUGGGUCUUGCUCUCCCGACACAAGUUUACGGAGGCUGCUGAACUUAUGGUUUAUGCUAUUCACAAUUAUACUCUAUCGCCUUCUUGGAUUUGGCGUGCUACCUAUCAGAUUUUCAACUGUAUGAAGGCCUCCAUAUCUUCGGAAAAAUUCAACAAGGUACUUAAUCAAUUUCAUAUGACAGAUGAGAAUAAUCGAAAUUUGGAAACUCUUCUCUCUCAAAUGGUGGGGGGAAAUUGGAAAGCCGCCAUACAUAGCAGGUUGGACAAUAAUCCCUCUAGACGACUACAAUCAACGGAUCGCUGCCGAGAGCCUGAAAGUCUACAUGUUCAACGGUUACAUCGGUUGUAUGAGGGUCUUGCUUACUUUGCUCUCUGGUUUCUUAACCGGGAACGUCCAGCUGGAUCAAAAUAUCUAGAAAAAGCGGAAUACAGACUAUCUGAAGUCGAGGCAUUAAUAGAGUUUGGACAUAUUGGUGAUGUUUUUCUUCUACCCUUGGUUCAGAUUCACUUCGAUAAAGAUUGCGCAGAAGAUAUCCUCCCCUUGCUGGAGAAGUACGCCUCUCUUCAACCCCAUAAUCCAAACACUGAUCGAUUUCUCGCCGAGUGGUACCUCUAUGCGGCCAUCGGUCACACCGUUCUUCCUCGCGACCCCAACGAAUUCCGCAGGAUUGUUACAAAGUCACUCACUCUUCAUGGCGUGUCUAUUCCACCCCUCCUCAAACAUCUUGUCGCCUUUUCUCUUCGUCUGCUCCCCACUCCUGCUUCGUCAGAUUCGGCUAGAGGGGACGGAAACUGGUACUUUAUUAUCGCGGAUAUUUGUCGGGCCUCUGGUUUCUUUACACAAGCUUUGGAAAUCGCUUUCAAGUUGUUGGACCAUCCCUCUUGGUGCAAGUUUGAUCAGCCUUGGCUAUUGUUGCAGACCUGCGUCCAAAAACUCGGUGCCACCAGUGAUUUUGUAUCGAAAAUGUGGACGCCGCGAGCUGCGACCUGGAAACACUACAUAUUUAGUCAUCCGGAUCUAUCACCUGAAGGAGUUUCUGCGAAUAAGCUUCUCAAGAGUGUUCCACUUCUGGAAGCAGAACCGGGCUCAACAAACCCAGAAGAAUUGCCCCAGUUCAAGGAGUUCCAGCAACUUCAUUGUCAGCUGAAAGCUGCACAGCAGGAAGCUCUUGAAGAACUUCAAGCUUGCUCACCUUGUGGUCAUUUAGUUCUGCCUAUUGAUUUGGAGGAAUCCUUCAUCCGACGUAUCUACCAGGAACAACUGUCUCGUGUUUUAGACGGAGUUUAUAAGCCCGUUAACAGUUCCAAAUUCGGGAUUGGAAGGUCUUCGACAACAAAGUUGGCACAUCUCAUAUCGUUUGGGGAAGACUGUGCACUUGACAUAUUUUCACUGAACCAGAGAAUUCUCCCGAGAUCGAUGAGUACGGAUUCAGUGGUGAGGGAAAAGUCUGUGUUGAGUGAACCUUCUGGCAGGAAUAGUUCCAAUUUUGAUGACGAAAUGGAAGGUGCACUAACUAUUGAUCCUGUUGUUACUCAAUAUGUUGGAAAAUGUUCAUCAAAUUCCAAUUCCAGCCCAUCAUUAAAAGAUCUGCGAUCAGUUCUCGAAUGCUGUCAUGUCGUGGAGAAUGGCCAAAACUCCAGUGAUAUGGAUGUUCUUCCAGAACCUGCUUCUCCCGAACCACUGACAGCUCCCACCUGUUCUCCUCCUCUUCUUCCCUGUCCUUCAUCGCCCCAACCUGUUAUCCCAUUUACCCCCCUUGCGACGACGCAGGCCAUGCCAGGGGACAACCGACGUUGGAACCUCUUCAAACUUGGCCAGCUAAAGAUUCUAGUCUCCUCGUGUGGUGUUCAGCUAUCGCCCGAGUCGUGUGCAUUCGCUAAGGGCUGUCUCUUCUGGCCAAAGUGUUCUGAACUCUGGUCAGACAUGUCAAAGUCAGAUAUUAAGAUAGUCCAUCUAGAAGUUAGACCGGAAUAUCUUCAACCAUGGGGUUGCGAACAACUGACAGAAGAUGAGAUAUUCUUUUCCUGUCUUGGAGCUCAACUUUCCUCACCGCAGUCGCCGACUAUUCUGCGAUUGCGUGUGGAAGCUUCUACAGGUAGAGUGAUCUUAGCAGAGGUUCAAACUCUGGAUCAGCUACUUCAAUCGAACCCUGAGUUCCGAUUUAAGACACAUUUAGCUGACCUUGUGAAUGUGCUUUCGCCUCUAAUUCGUACGCCUGCUACAUCCAUCGUCAAUUUAAGUCGUUGCGCAACUGAGAUUUUUCACAACACAAGCCUUGACUUCACCUCCACCUCCAAUCCGUCUUCUGAUCGUGGGGCAACUUGGCGAUGGGUCAAACGCCAGCCUCUUGACCUCUCCAUUCCCAGUGGGGUGGAUGACGACAACCUCCUCAUUCCUGCCAUCGACACGGGAUUCUCUGGAGCCAUGGAAUCUCCAUCUUCGCAGGUAACGAUUUCCGUCACUCCCGCAAUCGGGAAGUCACCGAGGAAGAGACCAUCACCACCGGACACGCCCCUCAAGACGAAUGGGAAUAGUUCAUCCAGCAUGAUGGCACAGGAAAGCUUGUCCAAUAUGCGGCGUUCUCGGCGUUCUAAGAGAUGA